AUGGAUACUAAAAUAGCAGAUGAUCUGCUGGAUCUCAGAGUCUCCGGGCUCGUCAGGAGUGUGUUAGACGGCUCUCAAGGCACAGUGACCCGCGCACCAGAACCGGACAGCCAGCAGCUCGAUUUCGAGAUCAGGAACAUCGACUGGGUCACUUGCAAAGACUUUACAAUCAGUGUCGGAAAAGCCCAAAUCGAGGAGUACAUGAGCACCUGGGAGGUGAACCCGAGAUGGCUGUUCAGUGUGGAGUUCCUGCAGGAGAGUGAGCUGGAGUUUGAGAAGCAGUUCCACUACAGGGCGCUGUGGAGCAUGCCCAGCCGCUGCUCUCCCAUCCCGAAGAGCACAGCGUCUGUUUACUUCACCAUCAGCAUCUUCAAAUACAAACCGCCCACGAGACCUGUACAAGUCACAUUUCAGCUCGAAUCCAGCAGGACGGUUCAUACUCCAGGAAAAGCGAGAUUCCGCGAAACAUGGCUCAAGGACCUGAUUGAAAGCAAGGCACUGCUGAUGGACACCAUCACUUUUUAA